AUGGCGUCGGACGAGUCGUCUUCGCGCAUUCAGCUCUACUCCCUGGCCACGCCGAACGGCCAAAAGGUGAGCAUAGCAUUGGAGGAGAUGGAGAUUCCGUACGAUGCGCACACAAUCAACAUCUUGAAAGACGAGCAGUUCACACCGGAGUUUAUCGCCAUCAAUCCCAACAGCAAGAUUCCCGCCAUCGUGGAUCCCAAGGGAGCGCCUGACGGCACCCCGUUGAAGGUAUUUGAGAGCGGGGCCAUCCUGCUGUAUUUGGCGGAGAAGUCGGGCAAGUUUCUGCCGCAGGAUGCCGUGCAGCGAUGGGAGACCAUGUCCUGGCUCUUCUUCCAAAUGGGCGGCGUCGGUCCCAUGUUUGGCCAGUUCGGCCAUUUCUUCAAGUACGCGCGCGACAAGUGCGACCACCCGUACCCCACCGAGCGCUACACCAACGAGGCGCGGCGGCUGCUGGGGGUGCUGGAGAAGCGGCUGGAAGGGAGGGAUUUCCUCAUCGAUGCUGGCUACACCAUCGCUGACAUGGCCACAUUCCCCUGGGUCAUCUGCCUCAAGAAAUAUUAUAACGGCGAGGAGCAGCUAAGACUAGAGGAGUUUCCAAGGGUGCACGCAUGGACUGAGAGGUGCCUAGCUAGGCCUCUCACUGCCAAGGGAAUGGAUGUUUGCCCUUUCAAUUGA